GUGAUCCUCGGCCGUGCCAUCAAAAACGAGUACCUCGCCCUCGGUACGAUCUUCAGCGCGGUCAGCAUCGGGAUGCUCGCCUCGGGCGGGAAGAAAGAGACCCCCGCACCGAGUGCAGGCAAGUCGGUGCUCGAGCAGGCGAAGGAGAGCGUGAAGUUCAACGCGGGCUCGAGGUGCGUCGAAGCAGAGAUGGACAGCAUUAAGAAAUUUGUGGAGGAGGCGGAGAAGGACGCGAAGCACUAG